GUAGUGAUGGUAUUGUUACUGCUGCUGCUGUUGGCGGUGAUAAUGUUUUUGCUGUUGCUAGUGAUGAUGAUGAUGAUGAUGGUAUUACUGUUACUGCUGCUGAUAUUAGUGGUGAUGCUAUUAGUGGUGAUGGUGUUCAUGAUGCUACUGCUGUUGGUGAUACUGAUGGUGAUGCUGGUAUAAUUGAUGAUGCUGCUACUUAUUUUUAUAAAGAAAACUUAAAGUUCAUUUAA